AUGUCAUUUUUACAAUUUGUAAGUAAGAGAAGAAUAGAUCAAAUAUUUCUUUAUAAACACCUUCAAACAUCGCAAGUAUUAAUUACAAUUGGUAGAGCAUUACAGAAUAAAGCACUUGAUCAAAUACAAGAUGAAAGGUUAAGGCCACAUACACUGCGUAAAGAUCAUUGGUUGCCAGUUGUAGCAGUAUCAGGAUUUUCUAGUUACUCUUCAAUGAUCACAACAUUCAACAAAUUACUAUACAAUCUUCAAGAAGCUGCCAAGAAGAAAUCAAAGAAAAAAAUUAUGUUGAAUAAUAUCAAUAUAGCAGCAGAAUUAAAUAAUGAAAAGAAAAUUGGAGAAAAAACAAAAGCAUAUCAAAAAAUACUCAGCAGAAUAGAUAAAAAGGAGGAGCAAUUUAAUGCUGCCAAUAGUGUUCUUGAUAACAGCGUUGUUAAUUUAUGUUCGAUCCUUAAAGAUUUAUCAAAAAAUCGAUUAGAGGUGGAAGGAGAAAGUAAGAUCAAGAUAUAUUGGGAGAGGACAAACAUGAGUGAAUUGCCUAAUUUAGUGAAAGGAUUGCAAUGGCCAAAUUGGGUAGAACAUUAUCAAUUGUUGUUGAAUAGAAGUAGACAUUUGAAAAAUAAAGAAUUCAAGUUGAGAAAGUUUCCUAAGGCAUUGAAAAGGAAAAAGAAAAAUUUAAAAGAGUAUUUUAAAAACAAUGCAGCACAAAUUCUGAAAGAAGAGGAGGAAAAGAAGGCUAGAGAGAAAAAGAAGGCGGCUAGAGAAGAAAGAUGGAAAAGAUUCAAGGAGGAAAAGAGAAUGUAA